AUGUUUGUUGCAGCUUCGAUGGGGUAUUGGAAGGUUGGUUUUCAGAAUAUAUGUUAUACAACCUCGGUGGUUCAGAUAAAACUAAUGUGUUUAAGGGGAGGCGUAGUCAAUCACAUUACAGAUAUAUGUUCCAACAAAUCCUCAAGGAAGAAUGAAUAUAUUGUCAAAUUAUUCACCCCGCAUUCUGUAUUUGGUUCCCUAACUCCCCACGUUGCAAGGUUCUUGAGUUGUUCUCAUUCUGUUCUUCAGACUUUACUCGAGGCGAAAAGGCCACAUAAAAUGGUGGAACUUGAAAAGAUGAUUGUCAAACUAUUCACCCCACAUUCUGUAUUUGGUUCCCUAACUCCCCACGUUGCAAGGUUCUUGAGUUGUUCUCAUUCUGUUCUUCAGACUUUACUCGAGGCGAAAAGGCCACAUAAAAUGGUGGAACUUGAAAAGAUGAACACAACACUCUUCUGCUUGUCUUCAAGCUCUCUCCUAUGGGCCCUCUUCUCCACUCAAGACUUUAAUGGGUCCAAUCUAUGUUAUCGACGCAAAGAUUUAGGAUCGAUACUUUCUUUUGAAGCUUACCAUUGGAGACGAUGA